AUGAGAAGAGCCUGCCUCCUGCGCCUCCUCUUCCUCCUCCUGCCUCUAGUGAUUGUAGCAAUUUAUCCUAACAAAACGGGAUGUCUCUACUCCGGUCGAGCCGGUGCUCCAAUUUCAGAUCAGGAUCUACUUGUGAGAUACAUAUUUGAGGAUAGACAGUACGAUCCACUGACAAGACCAGUCUUUAUGCGGAAUGAAACUGUGGAAGUCAAAGUUGGUCUUGCGAUGAUCCAAAUUGUGCAGCUGGAUGAGAAAUACCAACGACUCAAGAGCAACGUCUGGCUAAUGAUGUCGUGGUACGACUACAGAUUUGCCUGGAAUCCCAAUGAAUUCGCGGGUAUUGAGUCCAUCAACAUAGCCGCUCACAAAAUAUGGAAACCGGAUAUUGUUGUAAUGAACAAUGUCGACGGUGAAUUUGAGGCGAUCUGGAAGCCAAAUACCAUUCUUCACAGCGAUGGACGUGUGCUUUGGAUACCCCCAGCCAUUUUUAAAACCUCCUGUGAAAUUGAUGUUAGAUACUUUCCGUUCGAUCAGCAAACCUGCCACAUGGAUCUGGGAAGUUGGACCUACACUCAUAAUCAGGUCGAACUCCAGUUCUACGGCAAUCAAACCAACAUCGACCUGUCAGACUACGUAGCAAGUGGUGUGUGGGACUUUGUGGAAGGACCAGGUGACCUCCGCCUUGAUAAACCGCUCCAUUACGAUGAUCGUUUCGAAGCCUCCUCCACGCAUCGCCGUGGCAGCGUCUCCAAUCGUCCUAUCGCCGCUCGCUUGACCUUUAAAAUCGUGCUUCGUCGUAAACCCCUCUUCUACAUCACCAACAUCAUUAUUCCCUGUGUUCUGAUCGCCAUAUUGGGCAUCUGUGUUUUCUGUUUACCUACAGAUGCAGGGGAAAAGAUAACCCUUUCAAUCAGUAUCUUGGUAACGCUUGUAGUUUACAUGAUCCUGGUGAGUAAGAUGCUUCCUGCGGGUCCGAAGAGCAUUCCCCUGUUGUCACAAUUCCUCCUCUUCACGUUUGCAAUGACCUUUUUGGCAUUGUGCAUCACGGCCGCGGUAAUCAUCAACCUGAAUCAUCGUAACCCAAAGGCCCAUCCUACGGUUCCUUCGUGGAUUCAAGGCACCUUCAUGAACUGGCUACCCCCCGCUCUCCGUUUGCAAAGGUUCGGUAAAAUAGGCAUUAGACAUUCAAGUCACUUUGCUUCAAUAACUAUCCACUGUAUCUCCUUUACCAAGCCAAUUAAAAUCGCGGACGGAAGAAGUUCAAGCCGAGAACACGAGCGGCUUCAACGACAACGCUCCUUUAGGCUGCGCAGACCAGCUAUCAGACAUUCCAGCGUCUACUCUUUUCAGGGCAAAUCAAACUGCACAAUAUGCAAUCAACUCGAUUCUGCAGAUAUACUGUUGGUAAACAUCAACAGAAACUUAAACACCAUCAUCAAAAGCGUGGAGCGCAUUACGAAGCACGUAACAGCCGAAGAAAAGGAGAAACAAGUACAAGAAGACUGGAAACAUGUCGCGUCAGUGAUUGACAGAGUCCAACUUAUCAUUUUUAUAUGCGUGACUACUUGUGGUACGCUGAUCAUCCUUUUCAGUGCACCAUACAUUUUCUCCAACAUCGACCAAUCAUCCAUCAUCAAUAAAUUCUCCUAUAACAAUCGAGGCCUGCCAUAA